AUGGUGCACAUCACAGAAGAAUUGAUCCGACGCCGGGCCGAGCACAACGAUUGUGAAAUCUCCUCUCUGGAGGAGGUUUCUCUGCACCAGCAGAACAUCGAGAGGAUUGAGCACAUCGAUCGCUGGUGUAGAGACCUGAGGAUCCUCUACUUGCAGAACAAUCUGAUCCCCACCAUUGAGAAUGUGAAUCGUCUGAAGAAACUGGAGUAUCUGAAUUUGACUUUGAACAACAUUGAAGUGAUUGAAAAUCUUGAAGGAUGUGAGAGUCUGCAGAAACUGGAUCUGACACUGAACUUUGUGGGUCUUCUGAGCAGCGUGGUGUCACUCCAACACAACAUCCACCUCAGGGAACUCUUCCUGCUUGGGAAUCCCUGUGCACAGUUUGAUGGCUACAGACAGUAUGUUGUGGCCGCUCUCCCACAACUGCAGUGUCUGGAUGGGAAGGAGAUCAGCCGGUCAGAAAGGAUCCAAGUUGCUCAGGGACUGGAGGAGGUGAGGAGGCGGGUUGAUGAGCAGGAGCAGGAUUACCUGCAAAGGAGAACUCAGGAGAAAGAGGAGGCGCAGAGGACAGAUGAUGUGGAGGCAGAACCGGUCUUUGACAGUCACUGUCCAGAAUCAGAGAAACAUCAGGAGAAGCAGGCAGCAACAGCAAACACGAAACAAACGACGGUGUGUGCUAAUGUGGAUGAGAAGGAACGGGAGAGGGAAUUCUGGGAAACACCGUGUUCAUUCACACCUGAAUCUCGUCUGGAGGUUUCCCGCCGCCUGGAAGAGAAAAGAUGGUCUAAGAACAAGGAGGCGAAGAAGCAGCCGAGGGCCUCGAGGACACUCAUCACCCCCGAUGGACGAGUUUUGAACGUAAACGAGCCCAAGUUGGAAUUCUCUCUAACUGAGGAUGAGGAAAACCACAUCUUAGACCUGGCAGUGUACAGACACAUGGACACGUCGCUGUUGGACGUGGAUGUUCAGCCAACAUAUGCCAGAGUGAGCGUCAAGGGAAGAUAUCAGCUAGUUCUGCCUAUGGAAGUGAAACCUGACAGCUCGACAGCCAGGAGAUCCCAAACCACCGGACACCUGGUCCUCACCAUGCCCAAAGUUGAAGGUGAAAUCAAAGUGAAAAAGCUCAUCCCACACCCCCCCAAAGCGAGUGAAAACAGGAGCAGCAGCUGUGAUGGAGGACAACAAAAGAAAAAGUGGUGUUCCUGAGAGGCUGGAAGUACAUCCCAAUAAGCACAGUCUUGGACCUGGUCAACAUCGUACCGCAUCAGGGAACCAAAGAAGAGCCGCUGGAAAACUGCUACACAAAGCCAUCUGAACCCACUAACUUCUCUACAGGGUUCAUCGACAACCCGAUGUCCCGCCUCUGAUAUAACAAUUUACAGUAAACACGUACAUGUUAACCUCACUAAAUGUAAUUAAACGUUUU